AUGCCUCGUGGUCAUAAAAGUAAGCUGCGCGCCCAGGAGAAACGCCGCCUGGCUCGAGGUGACCCCCAGGGUCUCAAGGAUGCUCAGGCCACUGCAGCAGAGGAGGAAGGGCCUGCCUCCUCUUCUCCUGUUUUGGGGGCUACUUCCCAGAGCACGCCUACUGUGGAGCCACCUAGCACUCGCCAGGGGCCUGGCAGCGCCAUUUCCAUCACCACAGUUUUUGCAGGUGCUGCGGCUGAAAGAGCUGAGAGGGGUGCCAGCCAGCUUGAUGACCAGGUGGCAAACAUGUUAGCAGCCUCCUCUCUCAGUUUUGCCCCAACGAGGACCCCUCUCGACCAGAAGGCGAUUUUGCUGGUUCAUUUCUUGCUGCGCAAGUAUAAGAUGAAAGAAACCGCAACAAAGGAAGACAUGUUGAAGUAUGUCAUCAAAAAGCAUAGAGAUCACUUCCAUGAGAUCCUCAGAAGAACCACAGAGCUCAUGGUGCUGGCCUUUGGCAUUGAUGUGAAGGAAGUCGACAGCACCAGGCACUGCUAUGCCCUGUUCAGCAAGUUACGAUGCAACCGUGAUAGAAACCUUCCUGGUGAGGACAUCUUGCCCAAGAGCGGCCUUCUGAUGACCGUCCUGUGUGUGAUCUUCAUGAAGGGCAACAGCGCCACUGAGGAUGUCAUCUGGGAAGUGCUUAAUGUGAUGGGGAUCCAUGCAGGGAAGAAGCAUUUCAUCUAUGGGGAGCCCAGGAAGCUCAUCACCGAUGAUUUGGUGAAAGAAAAGUACCUGGAGUACCGGCAGGUGCCCAACAGUGAGCCUCCACGCUACGAAUUCCUGUGGGGUCCUAAAGCCCUUGCUGAAACCAGCAAGAUGGAAGUCCUGGAGUUUUUGGCCAGGGUCCAUAAUACCGUGCCCAGUGCCUUCCCAGCCUGGUAUGAAGAGGCUAUGAGAGACGAAGAAGCGAAAGCCCGAUCCAGAUUUGCAGCGCUGGUUCGUACUAAUGCUAUACCCAGUGCACAUCACAGGGUUCCAGGCAGCUCUUUCCACUUCUAG